AUGUCUGAAAAGCAAGCAGAAACGAUGUUGCUACGGCCUAGGGGUCAUCCCAUACAAGAUUGGCAAAGAAUUCGGGACGCUUGCCAGUCAGUUGCGGCCGAGGAGUCCAUCCCACACAAUAUUGGCAAAGAAUUCGGGACGCUUGCCGGUCCGGCAUCAAGCCGAGAUCUGAUUGGCCGAAAUUCAGGAACCAACAACCAUCCAGUACCCAUUAUUGGCCGAACGCCGCUUGCCAAUGGCGCAUCCAGAACGCGUCAGAAUUUCCAAAAAGCUAUUGCCACCUAUGCUAUAUAUAUGAAGCACUGUAGUCUGUUCAUUACUCCGUUUUGGGCGUUAAUAUACCUCGUGCACCCUUGGUGGUUGUUUUGGCGUGAACGCUAG